AUGCGAGUAGCUGGUAUCCGCGGCAUUCGAGUCAACAACUACAAGUAUGACGCCAUGCACGAUGUUGAACGUCAGAAGUUUGCAUUGAGGGAGCAUGCCACAGUUUUAAAACGCCACUGCCCGGGUUGGAGCAUGGCAUUCACCCACAUGCAUCCUGAGUUCUGGGGCGAACUGACACGGAUCGUCGAAGACAUUGUUUCGAGUGGUGUGCCCAUAGUCACCGAUCACUUUGCUCUUCUUAAAGCAUCUAGCAUGCUACCAGAGGAGUACAAGACUGAUAUAACCUCACAACCUGGAUUUUCUGAUAUCAUAUCACUUCUACGAUCAGGUGCUCUGUACCUCAAGAUCAGUGCACCGUAUCGCGUCAGCGAGUUGGCACCUGACUACGAAGACGUACGACCUUUGGUCACUGCAUUAGUGGAGGCUAAUCCGCAACGGAUACUAUGGGGCAGUGACUGGCCGCAUACGCCGAGAAUGAAAGUCAGGUCAAAGGAAGAGGCGCUUCAAGAGACUCCUUAUCUGGAAAUUGAUGAUCGGGCAUGGCUGAGACAGCUAAAGACGUGGCUGACAGAGGAGCAAUGGGAUUUGGUAAUGAUAAAGAACCCGCAGCGACUCUAUCGGCAGCCGUGA